CAUUAUCAUGCACCACUUGGCACUAGCAUCACCCACCACUCAUCGCUCAUUAGCACCGGUCUAAAUAUACGCUGGACUACACCAGCCCUCAGGCUGGACCAUCGCAUAUUUAAGCCCGAUGCAACUGAUCGAUGGGGACUUAUCCCAUCUCAACUUAUCUCGUGUCACCUUCGGAUUUCCACAGAGUCACUCUUGCAUCCCCUGUGUGGCCGCGCCGAGGUUGUUCGGAGUUCCGUUGCACUUGCACUCUGUGUUUCCUCACUCCAUUCCCUUUUUUAGCGUUGCCGACCCUUUUCCCAGGGCCCGCAUCACAACUGGUGGCAGCGGCGUUUCGCUACCAACGCCCCCGAUCUUUUCUCCCGUCGAGAAAAAACCCCGAUCUCUUCUCCCGUCGAGAAGAAUCCUGAUUCUUUCUCCCAUUGAGAGGAAUCUCGAGAGUCCCGACUCUCAAAGAAAAAAUUCUGAAAAAGACCAGUGCGCAGGUCUCUGAAUUUUUUCCCGUGCAGCGAUCUGAAGAUACCAUGGCAGCCAGCGGAUUUCAAGGGAAUGACUUGGACAAACCCCUAUUUGACGGGAUCUCCGAGCAUUUGCAAAGGGAAGAUAGAAUUAACUUCCAUUAUGCACUUAGGAGAGAACGCUACCUUAACUUUAUGAAACUUGACCAAUACCAUGUCGAGUACUCUCUCCUGCCCAAGGAUUUUAUAAGCAGGUUUAAAAACAAACUAGAUUGGGACAUUUUAUCGGUUUUCUACCCUUUCACAGCAGAAGAAAUCAGAAAAUACAAAAAAUUUAUUAAUUUCUGCCUCUACGUCAGAUUUCAACGAUUAAAAACCCGUGAAGUACAAAGAUAUAUGUAUUACUACGACGACUGGUAA